AUGUGCAGUAGGUUUUAGAGAGUGGUUGUCGUUCUGAAUCUGUUCCGAAUGCAUUUGGUGCUUUACAUGAAACGAAAGAAAAAACGAGUUUUGGAUCCGAAUGCAAAAAUGUCAUGGAAAAUUCGCUGAAAAUAAAGAAAUACAGAAGCAAGGCGAAAUUCACGGAUGGUCAGCGGAAUGAGUUAAUACGGAUGUUUGAGAGGACUUCGCAACCUAAUAAAGAAAAAAAGAGAAUUUUAUAUUCAAAGAAUAAGAUUGUAAACAAGUGUGAUUCACAUGUGAUUUAUAAAAAGAAAAUUUAAUUUGAAGAAGCAAAUCACUUUGUCAAGGUGUAGUCACGUAUGUUUGCUUUACGCGAUUUUGUUUUGCUGCCUGGAAAUUAACAGUUUAACAAUAAAAAUUCUGUAAUAUUUUAUGCUCUCGCUGACUUUUAGUAAACCCACGUCAAGACACUUCAUUAAAACAGAGUGUAAUUGUGAUUAGAUCUUGUAACAUAAAUUAAGUUGGAUGGCACAUCAAAAUUUCUUUUCUAAUGAAAUAUAUAUUAUGAAACUAAAUAUAUAAACAUAUACUAGAAUACCGGCUUCGAUAAUCUAAAGGCCUAGGACAGAAUACAAGAGAUCGACUCCCGGCCGGGAAAAAAUGGAUUCUGAAUUUGAUCGCACAAGUGAAACGGAAAUGCCGCUGAAUGAAGCAUGGAACAGUAGAAGAAUAUUCACGGAUGAUCAGCGGAACGAGUUAGUAAAGGUGUUUGAGGAAACUCCAUACCCUAAAAGAAAUAAACUGGAAGAACUAGCUCAGAGAAUGAGAGUGUCAAUCGAUAGUGUUAGAAAAUGGUUUCAGAGUACUAGAACAUAUAAUCCAAACAAACCUAUGCCUUCGUUGUCGUGUGAUCAUCACGAAACAAAGGAUUCUAAAUCCGAUUGCAAAAGCAAAAAGGAAAAACCGUUGAAAAUAGCGGUGCGCUGUAGGAAAUUCACGGUUGGUCAGCGAAAUGAGUUAAUGCGAGUAUUAGAGGAAACUCGAUAUCCUGAUAGAAGAAAAAUGAUGGAACUAGCUGAAAGGAUGAGAGUGUCAUUUCACAAAAUUAGUAUGUGGUUCCGGAAUACUAGAAGAAUUAAACCUAGAACUAAACCGAGCCAAGCUAUGUCUUCGUCGACGCAUAAUCGUCAAAAAACAGUGAGUUCUGAAUCCGAUUGCAAAACCAAGAAGAAAAAGCCGCAGCCGUUGAAAAUAAUGUCGCGCCGCAGGAGAUUCACGGUUGAUCAGCGGAACGAGUUAAUACGGGUAUUAGAGGAAACUCGAUAUCCUGGUAAAAGAAAAAUGGUAGAGCUAGCACAAAAGAUGGGAGUGUCAUCCCCCAAUAUCAGUACGUGGUUCCGGAAUAAAAGAAGAACUCAACGGAACAAACAACUUGUGUUUUCGUCGACGUGUGAUCGUCAAGAAACAGUGUGUCCUGAAUCCGUUUGCAAAAGCGGAAAGAAAAAGCCACUGAAAAUAGCAUCGUGUAGAAAGAGAUUCACGGUUGAUCAGCGGAAAGAGUUAAUACAGGUGUUCGAGGAAACUCCAUAUCCUACAAGAAAUAAAAUGGAAGAACUAGGCCAGAGAAUGGGAGCGUCUUUUCACAGUAUUACAAAAUGGUUCCAGAAUACUAGGACAUAUAAUCCGCACAAACUUAAGCUUUCGUCGUCACAUGAACAUCACAAAACAGUGGAUUCUGACUCCAAUUACAGAUGCGGAACGAUAAACCCGCUGAAAACAGCGUCGUGCAGGACAUUCACGGAUGAUGAACGGAGCGAGUUAGUACGUGUGUUUGAGAAAACUCCAUGUCUUAGAAGAAAUAAAUUGGAAAAAUUAGCUCUGAAGAUGGGAGUGCCAUUCCACAAUAUUAAUUCAUGGUUCAAGAAUACUAGAAGAUAUAAUCGGGAAAAGAUCGAUCUUUUGAAAGGUCGAAUCAAGAUCGAACAUUCCUAUUGCAAAAGCGAGAUGACAAAGCCGGUGAAAACAGCGUCGCGCAGCAAAAGGAAAUUCACGGAUGAUCAGCGGAACGAGUUAGCACUGGUGCUUAAGGAAACACCAUAUCCCAGAAGAAAUAAAAUGGACGAAUUAGCCCAGAAGAUGGGAGUGUCAUUCCACAAUAUCAAUCUGUUGCUCCGGAAUAUUAGAAGAUCUAAGCUGACGAACUUAACAACAACUUGAACAAACUUAAGUCUUCGUCGUCGCAUGAUCAUCACGAAAAACCAAGUUCUGAAUCUGAUUGAGAGAUCAAAUUGGCGAUUCCGCUGAAGGACCAAAAUAAGGAACUUCAUUGCUCAUGAACUGGAACAAGUGUUCGACAAGAAUGAGGGUCAAAAGAUCCUGAUAUGUACAUCAGAGAGGAACUUCUCUAGAAAAUGAGAAUAUCAGAACAUAUAAAGUUCGUAUAUGGUUCUAGGGAAUUCGACAUACAAAGGAAAAAUUGUGAAUAUUUCUUUGUCAGUGUUACAUGGAUAUGUCGAUUCCGUAACUUAUCCAACAGGCGAUUAUUUCACAGUCUUAUUCUCGCCGGAGAAAAACCAUGCUAUUGGAUCACUCAUCCUAAUUCGCAUUUUGAAAUUAAGGGGAUCCUUCUUCUUCUUCUUCUUCUUCUUCUUCUUAAUCUCCUUCCUGGUUUUCCGAUCCAAAUCAAAAGAUCACAGUACCAUGCGUAGUUUUGGAUCUAGGAUCCCGUGAUAGUUUCCGCGCGACUUGAGACCUCACUUUUAACUAUAUUUAAUGUAAUGUGUUGACUUCGACGUCGUCGUGAUCUCUCACGUGUGACAGGAUAAAGCCGUAAUCACACUACAGGCUCCCGACUCUGACUCGACUGCCAACUCUGACUGCCGGCCUAUAAUGGACCAAUAAUAAUGAGACUGAUUUAUUGUUAUUGGUCCAUUAUGGGUUGGCAGUCAGAGUUGGCAGUCAAGUCAGAGUCGGGAGCCUGUAGUGUGAUUACAACUUAAGAGGAUCCUAAACUAAAGGCCGAACUUGAUCGAGGUUGAUAGUGCAGACUUUUUAAUUCCAAAUUCGAUAAUAAUGACAUCUUUGAUUCAUUUCUUACAUUAUAUUAUAUAUCGUUCUAUCUCACUCAAACGCAUACGUCUGUCCUUAUAUAACAUAUUCCAGCACCAUCUCGUAAUCCUGUCACAUAUUUGAUACACAAUUUUCGUGCUGUUUGUCAUUGUUUAUCUGUACCAAAUGCGUGAAGCGAAAAUUUGGAAAAUCUUUUUUGUUAAGCCUUCGAUCACAAUUUCGCAAGCUCAGGAUUGUUUGUGCACGUCAUACGCUUCCGGGGAAAAUAUCAUUUGGUACGUACGACCUACAGAAUUCCUUUACUAAGGGAAUUAUAAUCUAAGGUGAAGACAGCUGUAAGAGCGGAAAUAAAGUGAAUUUUUAACUUUUUCUCCGAUUUUCUCGUCAAAUUUAGUUGAUCGGUACUUUUUUGGUGCAUACUUUUAUUGUGUAAAAGAAUUUGGUGAUCUAUAAAGCCAAUUCGGAAAAUUUGGCGAUCUGUAAUUGUAUUUCCUGUUGGUUUAGGAUCCCCUUAACUGCAAGACAAACUUUAAUUACGAGUUAAUAUUAUGUAUACGUGUUUGUGUGAAUAGUAAUAUCAUUAUAUAUAAUA